AUGGGUUCACGUCCUCGUGGCGGGCGAGGCAUGGCUGGCCGGGAUGGCAAAGAGACAGAUCUCGAAAACGACCUUCUCAGUCGAGCAGUCGAUAGCCUACGAAAAGCGCAAGGAUAUAAUGAUCAAUCCAAGAGGAUCGGUCUAGAGAUCGUGGCUCUCGAAGAAGAGAUCAAAACAAAUGGCCACUCGACGCCUGAAAACCACCGACGACUAGAUGCUCUCUACCGAGAGAAUCUCAGAUAUGCAGAAAUGGAGAAGAAAGUCCACGACGACGAGGACAUCAUCAACAAUCUCGCCAUUUUGGCAACAAUGAAGACCAAUGACGAUCUUGCACCUCGAAAUGGCCAACAGAAGUCCCGCAAACACCAGCGACCUACGGUCGAGUCGGACACUGUGGUGGAGUCUCCCGGCCCCAGUCCAGGGGACGGCCGUCUCGAAAUGAUGAAACGGGUCAAGGGCACCUCCCAGCGAAGUUCUAGUACGGCCAGUCAGAAUCGAGCGGUUUCCAGUGCCAAAGACGACGGAGGUGAAACGCAUAGAGGUAUCCAGGCCGAGAAGGCGGGCCUACUUGUCGCUGGUACCGAAGUAUUCUACAAGUAUCCGAAAGACCAGCAGGACAAUGAGGAGGGUGUCGGUAUUCAUGGGAUUAUCAAGAAAGUGUGGCAGGACAAAAAGCCGAUUCAAUACGACGUUAGAGAUCCGGAGGACGAUGCUUCGGGGAAAUUGACAGUGCGCAAGGCGACCGCCAGGGAUCUUGUGCCCAUACCGCAGACCGUCGCCAACAUCCCCCAGUUUCCCACCGGAGCGAACGUGUAUGCCAAAUACCCCGACACAGACACUUUCUACCGAGCCAAAGUCAAGAGCUUUCAGAAAGGCAUGUACAGCCUGAAAUUCGACGAGGAUGAUAAGGAGAUGCUCGUCGACGUGAGGUUUGUGCUGGACUCGAGAUUAAAAUGA